GGCUGGUGUUUUGCUGUAUAUAGAUAGUAAGACGGCAAAUUUUAAGUUGUUGGAUUAUUGAAGUUUUGACAGGAUAUAAACAUUUCAAAAAUGGAAAGGAACGAAGACUUAAGUAAUGAGGCUUCUAACGAAAAUGAAGAAGAUAGUUCAACAAGUUCAGAUGAGACAGAAGAGGAAGUAGAACCUAAACUGUGUUAUGCAAGAAUUAUCAAUGAUCUGCCACAGAUUCUAAAAAAAGAUGCAGCAAGCUGUAUAGCUGUUGAUCCAAAGUUCUUGGCACUGGGUACCCACUGGGGAGUUAUACACAUUCUUGAUCAUCAAGGAAACAACAUCAGAAGCAAAGAACUGCUUUUACACACCACCACUGUUAAUCAGAUUAGUAUAGAUGGGAAUGGAGACCAUAUAGCUAGCUGUUCUGAUGAUGGUAAGGUGGCUAUCCAUGGUUUGUACAGUUCAGAACAUAACUACAUUUUGAGUCUGGAUAGACCAGUGAGAGCAGUUGCUCUGGAUCCUUUUUUUUACAAAUCUGGAACAGGAAGAAGAUUCAUCACUGGAGAUGACAAGGUUAUGCUGCACGAGAAGACAUUCCUCUCUCGAUAUAAGAACACGGUUCUCCAUCAAGGGGAAGGCCAAAUCAGAAACAUCAAAUGGAAAGGAAAAUUUGUAGCUUGUGCAAGUGAUGCUAGCAUUCGAGUGUUUGAUAUUGAAUCCAAAGUGACUAUUUCCUUGAUUAGAAAGGAUCAUGAUCCUCAGCUACGUCCUGAACUUUAUCGAUGUAAUAUGUUUUGGAAGGAUGAAAAGACACUUCUAAUUGGCUGGGCAGACAGAAUAAAGGUCUGUGUUGUUCAGAAACGUUCUCCAGCUGAGCCUGUAUCAAAGGACCUUCCAUGUCAUUAUGUACAAAUUGUGUCCCUUUUCUCAACUGACUUUUACAUUUGUGGAAUUGCUGCCUUGGAGGAAAAUUUGGUGGUUUUAUCAGUACUAAAAGAAGACAUUCAGUUUCCGUCAGCGCAAGCUUCACGUCCCCAGCUACGUGUUCUUGAGCCUCAUUGUGAAUAUAGUAAUGAGAUGUCUAGUGACAUCCUUUCAGUGCGAGGAUUCCAGGAAUAUUCCUGUAAGGAUUAUUAUCUUGAGAGUUUACCAAAUGAAGGUGUCUUCUUCAUCUUAAGCCCUAAAGAUGUGGUUAUUGCUAAACCUCGGGAUGAAGAUGAUCACAUUUCCUGGCUUUUAGAGCAUGAACAGUUUGAAGAAGCUCUCCAAGCUGUUCUGAUUGCUAAGAACCUGAAGAGACAUUCUGUUACGCACGUGGGCCAGAUCUACAUGGGUAAUCUUCUUGAACAGAAGAAGUACAAUGAAGCAGCCAAGCUCUGCGUGACCAUGCUUGGGUCCAAUAGACAACUCUGGGAGGAAGAAGUUUACAAGUUUGCACAGAUUCAGCAGCUGCGAGCUGUUGCUCCUUACCUACCAAUAACAGAUCAGAAACUUGAUCCUGCCAUCUACGAGAUGGUUCUGAAUGAGUUUCUUGAACAUGACAGCAAGGGAUUUCUGAAGCUAGUGCAAGAAUGGCCUAGUGACCUUUACAAUAUUCCAACAAUAAUAAAGGCAGUUGAUUAUCGUCUGACCUUUGACCCAGACAACAAUCUGUUGUUACUAAGCUUAGGAGAGCUAUAUACAUAUGAGAAAAAAUUUGACAAGGCCUUAGUUAUUUACCUGAAGAUUGGGAACAAUCACCGGGUGUUUGAUCUUAUACGAGAGCAUAGUCUGUUCAGUGUAAUCCAUGAUAAAUUAGAAGAACUGAUGGAAUUAGAUACCAAAGAAGCUACACGUUUGCUUGUGGAAAACGUUGAUAAAGUUCCAAUUACGUUGGUGGUCUCCAAGCUAAGUGACAAGCCUCAACUGUUGUAUCAUUAUCUAGAUAGGCUCUUCCAGAAGGACCCAGAACUUGGUGAAGAUCAUCAUGGCCUGUUGGUUCAAUUGUAUGCUGAAUUUGAUCCUGAUCGCCUUCUGUCAUUCCUUCAAAGUUCCAACAACUACCCGUUAGAAACAGCUCUGGAGAUCUGUAGACAAAGAGGUCUUGUAGAAGAGGAAGUGUUCUUGUUAGGUCGUAUGGGGAAUACCCGUGAUGCACUCUGCCUCAUCACAGAAAAGCUUGGUGACAUCAGACAGGCAAUUAACUUCUGUAAAGAGCAUGAUGAUGUUGAUUUAUGGAAAGAUUUGAUCAGACACUCAAAGGACAAACCUCACUUCAUUACAGUACUUUUGCAAAACAUUGGAACACAUGUUGACCCAAUUAUUCUCAUUCGAGAAAUACCUCAAGGCAUGGAAAUCCCAGGACUGAGAGAUUCAUUAGUGAAGAUACUACAGGACUACAACCUUCAGAUAUCACUGCGUGAGGGAUGCAAAAAGAUAUUGGUCUCGGACUGCUAUGGUCUAUUGGAACGGUUAAACAAACAGCACAGAAGAGGAAUUACCAUCCAAGAAGAUCAGGUGUGCCAGGCAUGCCAUCGUAAAGUGCUUGUGAAAGAUCCGAGAUAUGCUGAAGAUAUUAAUGUCUUCUACUGCAAACACAGUUUCCAUAAAGACUGCUUACGUGUCUCAGAGCUGGUAAGUCGCAUACGUUUGUUCAC